AUGCAAGGCGAAGAUUCACUGCACGACUACGAUGUUCUCGUGUCCUACAACCAAACGGAGCUGAACAAGAUUUUGCUCGAAAGAGCGGCCAAGGCCGGGACUCCAUUGGUAGAGGGAUUAAGCUGGACCGAGGAGACCAAAGGCAAGUAUCGAACUGACUUGGAUGACUGGGGCUCCGAUUGCACCAUCACCGUUGAGGUCAAGCUACAGCGACCAUCCCUCCAGAUCCUAGACCAGGAUGGAAACAUCACCUUCAGUGCACCUUUUUCAGGUUCCAAGACCCUCAAACGUGUAUCGGACGGCCAGACAAUGACAACAACAUUCGAAAAUGUCAAGAUCGUGAUCAUCGCAAGUCUGACAGCCGUGCAUGGGACCACCAGCGCGGCGGGCGGAUUCACCCCAAAUGCCUCCCCAGACCCGUCUCCCGCAGGCACUGUGAGGGUCAUCGAACAGGGAAACAAUACGGCUCUGGGGAUUUGCAUCAACUUCCCGGAACUCCUCUCCGUCGCUGUCAAGAACGACGGACAAGGAGGGAAUACUCCUGACCAGCUGGACCGCAUUGAGGAGUCGGUGAAGGCAAAGAUUGAACGGAGGUUCAGGGACGCUGGCUUUCCACCCCGCUUGAACAAGAGCCUCUCCAAUAUGAAGUCCGGAAUGCGCUUCACACUCAACCUGCCAUCGCACCCGAUUGAAGCUCCACAAUACCAGAAAGCGACCGGGGAAAUGGUCUUCAACAUGGAUGGUUUCUUCUUCAACCUCGAUAGUCCGACUGCGGAGCUCGUCUUCUCUUCAACCAACUCGAGUCCGACGCCCCCGGUCAAGCUAUCGUAUACCAGCGCACCCCAGAGAAUGGAAUGGACUAGUGUCGAUAAAUUCGGCCGCCACGUGUUAAGUAAGUCGGGCGCCGUGGAUGCCAAGUUCUCGUUCACGGGGACGGCUAGUUGGGGCCGCGGCCCGAAGCCAGAGCUGUAUCCAAACCAACUCCAGCUCCUCUUCACCUUGCAUCGCAGCUGGGAAUCACGAUAG